CAAAUCUGAUUCAGCGCAAGAUUACAGUAUCAGUCCAAUCCCACAGGUGUCUUAGUCCAAAAUGUCGUGGCAGACGUACGUCGAUGACCAUCUCAUGUGCGAUAUCGACGGCCACAACCUCACCGCUGCCGCCAUCGUCGGCCUCGAUGGGAGCGUCUGGGCUCAGAGCGCUUCCUUCCCUCAGUUUACACCUCAAGAAAUUGCUGCCAUCACUAAAGACUUUGAUGAACCUGGCUCUCUUGCCCCUACUGGAUUACACCUGGGCGGUGUGAAGUACAUGGUCAUCCAAGGAGAGGCCGGGGCUGUCAUUCGUGGGAAGAAGGGUGCUGGCGGGAUCACUGUUAAGAAAACCGGGCAAGCUCUGAUAUUUGGCAUCUAUGAUGAACCUUUGACUCCAGGACAGUGUAACAUGAUUGUUGAGAGGUUGGGAGACUAUCUGAUUGAUCAGGGGCUGUAGAUCAUUUCUCAACCGCACAUUUUUUGCACAUUUUUCAUUUGAUUUUGGGAUUGCAUCUAUCUUCCUUUUUCCUAUGUUCCUGAAAUGAUAUUGGAGUUGUUUGUCAAAAAAUAACCAAACAAGGAAAGCAAAGAAAUUAGUCUUAUUUUAAUUGCUAUAGUUUUUCUCUCUUUUCAAUGGGAUUAUCUUGAUUUUGCUGUAUUUAUUUAUUUUGGUGAAUGAUUUACUUAGAUGGAUUGUUUUUCAAUAUCAUCUGGUAUGUGAUAAAUUUGGUUGGUUGGUUGUUGUUCUACUUCCAA